AUGCCUGCUGAAUAUGCAGUAUUACUUAAACAUUGCCUCACAUCUGGCUAUCUAUUGUGGAAGGAAGAGUUCUACAAGCAAGUAGAUGGUGUGGCGAUGGGCUCACCUGUAUCUCCCAUAGUCGCCGACAUAUUCAUGGAGGACUUCGAGGAGAAAGCCCUUCUUACUGCUCCUGUAAAUCCAAGAUUCUACAAGCGGUACGUAGACGACACUUUCACAAUUUUACCAUCUGACAAAGUAACUUCAUUUAUAGACCACCUUAACUCUAUAAACUCUAAAAUACAAUUCACAAUGGAGUUAGAGGCAAAUAAUUCUUUAGCUUUCCUAGAUGUUUUAGUCAUUCGAAAUCCUGAUAACACUAUUGGUCACACUGUGUAUAGAAAAAAGACCCAUACCAACCGAUAUUUAAAUGGUGAAUCUCACCAUCAUCCUUCACAGUUAGCUACCGUGGGUAAAUCUUUGUUUCAGAGAGCACGAGGGAUCUGUGACAGAAAACAUCUGGCCGCCCAACUUCAGCAUGUCAAGCAAGUGUUGUAA